UAGAACGAAUACAGUUCAUUUCAAGUGUUCAAUAUGAAAGCAACUCCCGCAGCUAGUGUUGUUGUAAUACUGCUAGUAGUUGCGACCCAUCAUCCUAGCAAUGGUGUUAAAAUUUGGGUGCCUCACGUAAGCUUCUCGGACGCUGCGAAUUGGGUAUCGGGUAAUUUGCCUACCGCUGGCCAAACGAUCGUCUUUCCCAGCAAACUGAACGCGCUCGUCAGUUUCCCGGUGGGCAUUUGGACCGUGUCGUCGCUUAUACUCCCACAGCAAGGUGGCGUACUUUUUCCUGACCAUUCGUUUUCGCUGAAUGUCGUUUCGCGUGACCCGGCGGCGAUUUCUGUAGCGAUCUUCAACGCUCCCGGGCGCACACCCUACUAUUCCGGUAGCAACUGGGCAACUUACGACGAGCAACGAUCUACCCACUCGUCACCCAAUGCCGCCGUUCCGCACUCCGAGCGUGUGCCCUGUCAGUAUGAGCUGGCCGUUUUCGAGGUGGGAAAAAAUAUGCCGAAACCAAUUGACAUGCAGUACCACGAAUCGAUCGAAGUUGGAAAUGUACACUUUGGAGACACGAUCGAAGGAUUGGACAGCUUUCAAAACUUCAUGUCGUCUGAGCUGGGACAGUUCCUGUUCUACAAUGCCGAGGACACGCUAGUCCGCCAAGGUAAAUGUGCCAAUGCGGACAAAUGUCCCUGCCAAGAACCACGGCAGAUGGAUGCCAUUUGCUCGAACGUACGCUGUACCGUACCGCAUUGUCUUUCGCCUAUACAUCCGCCGGGACACUGUUGUCCGAUAUGUGGUAGUUGUUUGCGCAUGGAUAUGGCCACGAUCAAGGGCGUGUUUGACAUGCAAACGUUCAUGGACAAAUUGCGACGCAAGAUCAAUACGGGUGAGGUGGACGAUUCCGGCGUGGAGUUUCAUAUCGGUGUGGAUCGAUCGACUGGGGCGAACGUUGUUCAGCUGAUCAUCGUAGACAAGGGCGAGUAUGGUGAAAAGAGUACCCGAAUGAUGGACAGUUUGCGACCAUUCUUCGAGAAGCAAUUCUCCUCAGGUUUUCAAGUAACACACGCCGGUCAACCGCAUACACCAUUGGAGGGAGGUCAGCUGUUGGCGUUCGUCAUGCUAACCCUUAUCGUAGCGUCCACUUUCUUCAGCAUUAUGUAUGUGUAUUACUAUGACGAUGUGCUGCUUCCGCGGCUUAGAGCGGCGGUACGCAAUCGUCAGUUUUUCACGACACCCUUUGUGUUUGCACGUUUCGAUCCGAACAAUGAUGUGGACGGGCUUUCGGUGGACGUUAACUACCCUAGCGCAGUGCAACUAGCCAACGAAGAAAGGGAAGAAUCAGCAGCUCUGGGUGAUGAUGUGGGAAACCAUCACGCUUCCUCGUUCAAUAACCCAAUGUACGAAAAGCCUGCGCCGAAGGUUGAUCCCGCAAUGGAGGCGGUCGAUGAUGUGGAGUUGCUCGUGAAGUAACAGCAAAAUGUCUUACCUU